CUGCCCCCCAGGUGCCGCUAGUAACACGAUGCGGCACAGCAAACAAAGAUGUCACGCGGACCGUAUCGUUCAUAGGGUACAUCAAACAAGAAUAACGCGAAAGCAACUCUGCUUCUCCUCGCAACACUGAUUACUCCAAGAUCUUUUUCAACUCUGAUAUCGCGUCGAUUUGACCAGCUUUGGAAAGUACCUCGGUAGCGGGGAUGACGUCGUAUGCCCCGUGCGCAACCUGUCAAAGCCUGCUGGUAAGACCCCACGAAUCCAUUCUCGACAAGACUCCGGCUUAUUACACCCGCCACAUCCUGGUCGCCACAGCCACGGAAUGUCCUCUCUGCUUUUGGAUCCUGAAAUGGCUCGACUCUUUUAGCAAAGAAUCCAAAGCAGAAGCCGCUGAAACUGGUCAAGUACGCGCAAUCCUACACCCAGGGGAAUGUGAGGAAGAAGAAGAUGACUUCGAUCAAACGAACCCCGAAGACUCCGGCACGCUAAGAGUCGCCGUCGAACUUUGGUCACACCAGUCAACCGAAUGUGUGGCAUCGUUUGUCUUACUCCUACGAGGUCUCAUCAAAGGUUCAAACGGUUACGAGGCAGUAACAAAGUACUGUAACGAUCUUUUCCGCAGAAUACGUAUACCUGCUAGCGCAAAACAAGUAGCAACAACCACGCGCGAUCCAGAAUGUUGGAUGCAAGUACGGGCUUGGCUGCGCGAAUGCAUGGACAACCACACGUUGUGUCGCCGUCGUCUUGUCCUCCCGGGUUGUGAGCGUACGGCAUGUUUCAACCCGACUCGUCUAAUAGACAUUCGAAAUGCCAAUAGCCAAUUCCUCGUCGAAACUAGGGAAUGGAACCCCCCUGAAUCGGCUCGAUACGUUACACUUAGUCAUCGAUGGACAGCAUGCCAGAUGCCAAAGCUAACCCGCUCUAACAUCGCGGAGCUAAUGUCGAAUAUCAAUGCGAACAAACUCCCUCUAGUGUUCAAAGACGCAAUAGAGAUAGCACGAUCUCUGGAAGCACCAUAUCUAUGGAUUGAUGCUUUAUGCAUUAUCCAGAAUGACGCGGAAGAUUGGGACAAAGAAGCAGCAUUGAUGGGCCAGGUUUACAGCAACGCAUUCUGUAACCUAGGAGCUUCCGCGGCCGCCGAAAGAUCAGGAGGUCUGUAUAUUGACCGAGACCCUCGGCAGGUCUCCCUGUGUCGGCUUCGGGCGCAGCGCAAAGAGUUCAAUAGGACGUACGGAUCGUACUUGGAGCCGAAUUCUGUCAUGUCGGCUCGUGUUCUAUUGAGCCGUGGUUGGGUACUUCAGGAGCGCCUUCUAAGUCCCCGGUCGAUCUAUUACGAUGACAAGCUGCACUGGGAGUGCUCCGAACUUCACGCUUGCGAAACGUUCCCACACGGCGGACCAAUUCUGGGUGGAUUGAAUCCCUGGGGCAAAGAUGGCUUCCCGUUUCGUGCCGCAAAUCUUCUGUACGAUGAUAUGAAAUACAAAGAGUUUGACAUCUACAGGUUUCAGAGGUGCUCGCCUGAGGUUGCUCGAAUUCGAGAAAUUUACAGGAAAUGGCUUUGCGUUGCGGAGUACUUUUCGAAUUGCCAGCUCACCUUUGAAGAAGAUCGCUUUCCUGCACUCAUGGGACUUGCAAAAUACUGGCAAGUCAUUACCAACGAUGAAUAUGUGGCUGGAAUAUGGAGACGCGACCUUUUAUACGGUCUUCUGUGGUACCAGAAGAACCCUACUCAUGAGAAACCUCAGCCAAAGGACUAUCGUGCCCCUUCCUGGUCAUGGGCAUCCGUGAAUUCCGCAGUGUGGUUCCCACUCAUUCACGCGUCCAACAUCGCGUGGGGAGAUGAGGAAGAUUUCUGGGCAGCAAAGGUUGUAGAAGUGGUCGCGCAUCCGAGCGGCACAGAUCCAAUGGGUAGACUAUCGGGCGCCAAACUCCGUGUCACGGCACCCAUACGACGACUCAAGCAACCUUUGGACCUCUCCAAAGACACUUACGAGCCAUUGCAUCUCCAUCACCUGGACGAAUGCGCACACAGAGACGGAUAUUGCGCCAACAGGACAAUCUUGCUGCUACUCACAUAUAGAGUUAAGCCUCUCUAUGGAACUCAUGAGAUCUUAAGACUGACGGGUCUAAUUCUUGAACGCGUCGCUGGUAAAAGUGUUUUUAAGCGAAUUGGAAUGUUCGAACACGGAUGGUUUCAGCAUCGUCUCCCCAACGGCGAGUGGCCUCUUUUCAUCGACUGGGACCCUCUUCGCGAAAAGAAGACCACAAUGACCAUCAUAUGAGGGGUCAUGCUUCGCUCAUGCAACGCAAAACACGGAUACAUCUGCGGUAUUCGCGUCGCAUGUUUCAAUUCAAAGCAAGCUCAAUCUUACUCAUUUCAUCUCCAAUAUAAGAACCCAGCAAAUUUAGAAGCUGAACUCUUGUGCGGAGAAGGAUCCUACACUAAGCAUGUUUACCAAAGAACUAAACAUUAUAGCGCCUAUUUACAUACCUUAAAUCCUCUUCCGCUGUGCUAACGAACCACCAAAUGAUAAAAACAUGCGAAAGGAAGAGGACUAGAAUUAAUCUUUUGAUUUCCUACAUAUGUUGCAUCGUUUAUGACCACAUUCGGGACACGUCGUACCCAGACCCUCUUUAAUAAAACCUGCUUUGCAA